UGUUAUAACUCAUAUUUGCUUAACAUGCGUUCACCUUCACUAUUUUCACCAUAGAAGCAAUCUAGAUAUGAAAAAUCAAAUAGUUCAACUGGAUUUGCUACAUUCUAAGCCACUAAUUAAAUGAACACAAAACAAUUGGCUGAUUACAGAAGGGAUGUUAGAACAAAUGUCUCAUCAAGAGAACCCUUUGCUUAACCACAAGAAAAGUCCUCUUCUUUAUUUGCCUCUUGGAGCAAAGCUGAGAGAGUCGUAUUGUAUUUAUAUAUGUUUACAUCAUUAUAGAGAGCAAUAGAAAGUCAGUAGGAAAUCACCAAAAAAGUCAAAACUACUUGGAGGUUUAAAUUAUGAAGAAAUAUUUACUAAUAAAGGACCAUAAACAAAACAAAAUAAAGAUAAAGUUGAAUAAUUGUUUAAGAGAUCACCAAGAAAUGAUUACUUCGAUAAUUCAUUUACAUCCUUCCCUAAACCAGCAAGAUAGAAUACUCUUGGAUCAGGAUAUAAAGAUUCCCCUUAAAAAUCAAAAGAAAAACUAGAAAGAUUCAAAAACUGGGACAAUCGUCUAGAUGUCUAAUUGAUUCUCUAAAAUAAGUCAAUCACAAAUAAAAUUUCUUCAACUGGAGACAAACCAGGCUUUUAUAAAUAUGUCAAUGAAACUUAAAAAGGAUUGUUUGAUAACAAUCAAUCUAAUUUUCUUUAUUCUAAAAGUAAUAAGAAUACUCUUUUUGAUAAUAAAUAAUCCUUCUCCUUUAAGGAUACAUUCAAUCCUCCUAAAUAACAAACAUUUCAAAGAAAUCACUCUCCUCAAUUAUCAAAUAGAUAUGUUGAGAAGUUCCCCUUAACCGAUAUCGUACGAAUGACAUCCCAUUUCCAAUCUCUAUCAACUUAAGAAGUCACUUCAAUCCCAAGAGGGUAUUAAAUCAAUAAUUAUAUUUAGAUACAUAUCCGAGCUAAAUAAUUUGGCUGAUAUUUUAUAAAGAGUUGUCAAGAGAUCAAACAAUAUUAGUUGAGAUAUAAUUUUAUAUUUACUGC